AUGCUUGAUCAAGUAGUAAAUGAGGAAAUCGAAGCUAACAUUCAGAUAACUCGAGAGAUCGAGUCGGAGAUCGUCAAAUGCACUGAGUUGGAGGCCGCUUUGGCUGCCAGAGAAUCGGACCUCACCAACACUCUUUAUUUCUCGCAAUUUGAAAUCAAUGGAUUACUCACUGUUGCCUAUGAGUCAAAGAAAUCUGUUAAAUUCUUAGAGGAGGAUAUUUGUGGUCUAAGAAAGAAGAAGAUGGAGAUGCUUAAAAGCAUGGACGACAAGCGAGAGAAGUUUGUCAUGCAAUGCCUAGAAUUUCAAAGGGACAUCAACAAAGGAGAAAAUGAUGAAGUGGUGAAUUUGUUGUUAGAGAAGGAGUUUCUUGAAAAUGAAAUCCAUCUUUUGGAUGAUAAAAAUAAUGCUCUAAAGAAUUCGAUGUUGGCUUUCGUGGAUGAAAUUGUUCAAGAUCUUCAUGAUUGCAACUCUGCUUUACAUGAUGAGAUACAGAGCAGGAACCAUGAGAAUGAGAAAUUACUCAAGGAUAUUGAUGCUAUGAAGAUUAUGUUGCAUUCAAAAAUUUUAGCGAGUGCAGAGGCAAGGUCAUCACUCGAGUGCAUUUUUGAAAGCUGUACCUUGAUGCAUCAGGUAGGGGGUCCGACUUGGUUAAAGUUUGGCUGCUUACUCACCGAUAGGGAACAAAUUAAGGUAGACACAGAUGUUGAUUUGCACAGUUCUGGAUUGGGAAGGUAA